AUGCUGGCCUCGACGCUUCUCGAGUGCGAGAGGCUGUUCCUCUUCUCCAUGCUGCGCGUUAACGUGCUGGGCGAGCCUUGCAACGACGUCGUGUGCGGCUACUGGUGGAAGAACUACCUCUCUGGCGAGGACGGUAACGCCUGGUUUGACUCUUGGAACAAGUUCAUGCAGGCCAAGCUAGACCUGCUGGCUUCCAUCGCGGAGGAAAGGGAGGACACAGAGACGGAGCCCUUCCGCGUCCUGAUGAUCGGGGACAGCACGAUGAGCCACCAGUUCGGCGCCAUCUGCGGCUUCAUGGGCGAGAGAGAGGGACGACGAUUCGAUCCCGAGGUGAUUCAACGCAGCGCCCCCGGUUGCUGCAUGGACACGUUGCCCAAAGAAGACGGAGGAGAAGGAGGAGGAGGGCGGGGUCUUUGUUUCCAGUAUGACCAGUUCCGCUUCCUUGACCCCAAGCGACCGGACAGGACGUCGGUGGAUGCCUACUACUUCGGCAGCGGUCUCCACCUGCUGCACAUGUACCCCCACUGGCCGGAGAUGCACCCCAUGGAACCGCUGCGAGUGCAAUCGUGGUUGAAUUACGAGAGUCUUCUCGAGGGAGUCGUCGAGGGUGUUCGUGCGAAGAACGGACAGGAUGUGAAAGUCGCUUUUAUGACGAAUCACGCCAUCGCCGACGAGCUAUUUACCGGCGAGUACAAAGAGAUUCGCGCCGCCUAUCGGGAAGGAGAGGGGAACGCCACCAUCCGGGCGGAGUGCCAAAGAGAGGACAACGUCCAAGUCAGGGCCGCAUCCGUCGGAAAUCCUGGCGACUUUCGCUACUCCGAUUGGCACGGAAAACCCGACAUCGCCGAGUACAUUACCCACCCUGAGGGACAGGGGCUGUUCACCGUGGACACCUACUGCGAGGAGGCCAUCUUGGAUCGACGGGGCUCCCUGCACAUGAGCAGGCGAGCCCGGCCGGUGAUGUCUCGUCUUGGGGUGCCUGUCGUGGACGCGGCUAAGAUAGUGGAGGGGCAGGGGUGGGCAUCUCCCGCCAACGACGGGAGGCACUUCCACAAGCUGGUGCCGAUAGAGUAA